GCCGCAAUUAACCUAAAUUCGCAGCUAUGCAACGCGACCGUCAAUUUUUUUGUUGCAAUAUAAACACGUUCUAACCGCAAAACACGACGUAUUCAGUGCACAGUCAUAACACAGUCGAGCCCUGCAAACAAGCAUGGCUCAAAGCGGUGGAUUUGUAUGGUUAUUUUUGUUUUACAGUUUAAGUCUCGUCUGCUUGGUUGACAGGUGUCAGGCAUUCUAUCCUCGAAUCGUAAAUGGCACACAAGCUAAUGAAGGCGAAUUUCCUUUUGUGGUCUCACUACGGCAUCCUCGGAAUAGGCAACAUUUUUGUGCUGGAACACUUAUACAACCGCAAUGGGUUUUAACGGCAGCUCAUUGUUUAAUGUACACCAAGAAACCCGAAGAACUGAUCGUACAAUAUGGCACAAAUGAACUGAAGCCAACAAAAUCAAAACUGAUGAAUGUCAGUGAAAUAAUACGACAUGAGGGAUAUAGUCACACCAUAGCAAUACACGAUCUGGCGCUAUUGAAGUUGGAAAGUGCGAUCAAAGACGUGAACUUGGUCACACUCGCUGGGGAUGAAGGUUGCUCCGAAGUUAAACCAAAAGAAGCGUCCUUAUUGUUUGUCGGUUGGGGUUUAAACGAGACUCAAGGUUCCCUGCAACAGCAAUUGCAAAAGGUAGAACUGGAGUUAAUCUCGCGCGAAGAAUGCCGAGAGCGCACAGAAUCACAACUUUAUAGCACAAAUAUAUGCGCUCUAGCACCUGAAGGUACUCGGCAGGGACAAUGCAAUGGUGACUCGGGUGGACCGCUACUCAUGGGUAAACAACAAAUUGGCAUCGUUUCGUGGAGUCUAAAGCCAUGUGGCACAUAUCCUGGUGUAUUUACUAAUGUUGCUUGUUAUAGGAAGUGGAUUUUAGGUAAUAUAAGUGGGGAAAAUAUGAUAAGAAAGAAAAUAAAAUAAUAUAAUAAAUAAAAAAAUAUUAGAAAAAUUAAAAAAAAAAAAUUAUAAAAAAUAAAAAAAGAAAAAUAAAAAAAAAGAAUAAAUAAAAAAUGAAUUUAAAUCGUCGCUAAAUCAUCACUUUAUUUGUCGUUAACAUUUUUAAAAUCCCCAAUUAUAAUUGUCUAUAUAUGUAUUAUAGUUAAGUAUGUAUGUAUGUAAGUAAAAUCGUAUAAAUAUAAAAUAUGCAUGUAGCGUUUCGGUAAGCGUAUAUAAUCACAUAUUUUUUCGUUAUUUUCUAGCUAUAAAUAUAU